GCGCGCCCCGCGCAUGCGCGCUGCGGGUCUCCUUGGCGCGGCGCGGCGGAGGGCGAGCCCAGGCCUCAAGGAGAGGGAUCGGGACAAGGAAAGGCAGCAGGAGCGGGGAUCGGUGCUCCUGCCGCCGCCGCCAUGCUCCUGUGCGCUGCCCUGCGCGCCGCGGCCGCUCGCUCGGCAAGACAGAUCCGAUACUUGCAUGGAACGGCAGAGCGCAAUGCCACUGGAGCCUUAUUUGUGCAUAGAGAUAGUCCUGAAAACAAUCCAGAUACUCCAUUUGAGUUCACACCUGAAAAUCUAAAGCGAAUAGAAGCGAUCAUAAACAACUACCCAGAGGGACACAAGUCUGCAGCUGUCAUGGCAGUACUGGAUUUGGCCCAAAGACAGCAUGGAUGGCUGCCCAUAUCAGCUAUGAACAAGGUUGCUGAAGUUUUAGAAAUGCCUCCCAUGAGAGUCUAUGAAGUAGCAACCUUCUACACCAUGUACAAUCGCAAACCUGUUGGGAAAUACCACAUUCAGGUCUGCACCACCACGCCAUGCAUGCUGCGAGACUCUGACAGCAUUUUAGAAGCCAUUAAGAAGAAACUUGGUAUUAAAGUUGGAGAAACAACACCCGAUAAGCUCUUCACGCUGAUAGAAGUGGAAUGUUUAGGUGCUUGUGUAAACGCACCAAUGGUACAAAUAAAUGACAAUUACUAUGAAGAUUUGACACCCAAAGAUAUUGAAGACAUAAUUGAUGAGCUAAAGGCUGGCAAAGUUCCCAAACCAGGCCCAAGGAGUGGACGUUUUUCUUGUGAGCCAGCUGGUGGCCUUACUUCCCUGACUGAACCACCCAAAGGACCAGGUUUUGGAGUACGAGAUGAUCUCUAAGGAUUUUUGUAAUAUAAGAUGAACUGUCUGAAAAGAAUAAAGUAUCUUAAAUCUCAGUAAAAUUAUGUACAUUCUAAUGUUUUGGUUUAAAAGAAAAAUAACAGCAAUUAGACUGCCUAACUUACUGUGGUUUUAACUACAGCAGAAUUUAAUCAUAAUUCCAGAUUGUAAGAAAAGUGGUUCUGUAGACUGUGUAAAGUGACUCCCUGAAAGUGUCCACUUACGGUCAAAGAGAGAUGAAAAGUUACAUCUUUUGAUCUGUCAUUGAAAAUUCUUUCAGCUUUUUCUAAAGCACUUUGAAGAAGCAACAAACUUAAAUUACAAAUCUGGCAAAUGCACAAGGAACAAAAUUGAAAGGAGAUUAUCUGACAAAACUUCAUCCUGUUACUUUUAUUAGCAAUUUAUAAUCAAACAAACAAGAAAGGUUAUCUGAGCCACAUUGUAUAAAAAAUCUUGUAGGUUCAGUUAGAAGUGGUUCUUCUUAAGCUUAAUUCUUCUUACUAUCAUUCUGUAAUCAGGAAAAAUGUAAAGCCCCAAAGAGCAGCAGUAUUCUACUAAAAGAAUUAAUAGCAACAAAAACCAACUAAUUUCCUGUGCAAGUUUAUUUAGUACAGACAACAUAUGGAGUUGGGGGAAGACAGAAUAUACCAAAACAGUUCAGCAUGUGCUUAAGGGUAAUAAUAUCUGACACUGGAUCUUUGAUUCACAGAUCCUUCUUUGACCUUAUUACCUGUGCACCAGCUACUUUCAAGAACUAAUCUGUGUGAAAUUGAGGAAUUUCUUUCAGUAUAAAAAAUCUGAAGAUAGUUUUUUAAAAAACUGAGUGCAUACUGACACUUCAUACCUAUACUUAUAAAACUGGGCAAAUACUUUAGCUAUACAGACAUACAUUUCCAUGUAAAUUAGGAAAUGUGGACACAUCAGUCACCUUAGACCAUCCUGUGUCUGCCUCAUCUCAAAUCUGUCAUGGAACUUAUAUUUGCAUUACAACUGAUGAGAUAGAUGAAGCUUAACUGUAUAAUUUAUAAUUUUAUUCUAUAUUAUAUUUAGUUUGUUUUGAUAGUCUGAUUAAUAGUACUUCACCGAACUAUUCUCCCUCUUUGGAGUUAAAUUCUGUCUUUACAGAUUGCCUGCAUAAUGGCUAUCUUGUGUAGUCUGUUGAUACACCGCUUUUAUUUCAACAUGCUCUGUGAAGUUCCUUCACAUGCCAUUAAAAAAGCAGUAUUACUGUUGGUAGUUCUGGGAACAUAAUAUAUCUGUAAAUCAUUUGUAUGAGGAACUUGCUAUCUCUUCCAUAUUACUAUAUUUCUAAAAUGAAAUAAUUGAAUUGCAUACAAAUGGAAAAGAAAAUCCAAUACAUAUGUACAACUCAUGAGUGAAGCAGUUUCCAAACAAGCAUGAAAAAAAGUCUUGUAGUCCAGAACACAGUGCACAGAAGAAAAUAGUACAUGUCAUUUGAAGUCUCUAAAUGCUCUUCUGAAAGGUCACUCCAUGUUUGUAAUAGCUUCAGGCCUUGUAGCAGGCCAGGCAUCUGGCACUGUGUGGCACUUUUCUAGAGACAAGAGAUGAGGCAGACGGCAUCUCACAUCUUGAUGCAAAGACAGACUCAUUUUAGUAUCCCAGUCUGACUACAGUGUUUGUUCCAUUUUAACAGCAAAAUUGUAUUCUAGUUCAUACAGCCUUACCUUAUUCUAACCUUUGAAAUACAUGCUGAAUAUAAGUGAGGAUGUUGCAUGCAUUGUGGAACGAUACUGUGCUACAGUUAUUCAUGGUUUGGUAUGUAACAGUGAAAUCCCACGGGAUUGCACAAUCGUGUUGAAGGGAAACACAGUUUUGGACCUGCCAAGGUUGAAACAUCCAACUAUACAAAAACAAAGCUCUUGAAUGCCAGACUCCCCCCAUUUUUUAAGCCAGAGAGCAUUUGUGGCCUUAUAGCACUUUUCUCCCCAGUUUAUUCCAUCUGCAUGUGACAAUUUUGAUGUCUGUCUUAUGAGCAGAACAUGGACCUCCACAGUUCACAUAUUUCCCACAGUUCACAUAUUUUGGAGAUUGUUAGUGAUGUUCCACAAACAAGCUGUCAGUCAUUUUGAUGUAACAUGUGAGAAUCUGCCAAUCACUUGAAUAGGAUAAUUUACAUUAUCCCUACUGCAUGGCACAAAUCUGAUACAUCACUCUUUAAAUUGAGUACUGGAGGCAGCUACAGGACUAUGAAAUGAUUGUAGACAAAUAAAGUAACUGUUCUCUCUCAUCUUACCCACUUCAUUCGUCAGUUAUAUGAGGCUUUAUGGUCCUGGUUUCUCCUCAAAAAAGUUUGGGCAAUCAUUGUAUUAAAUGGUUUAAAAAAAUCACAUCUUGCGUUAUUUCAGGUUUUGUUGAAAUUUAAACAUUUCAAACAUAUCAAGUAGAAAUACAUAUUCUGCAUUGUUACAUGUAGCUGUUUACUACAUACAGUAAAUUAUUUUCACAAUGGUAACUUA